GUCUCACACUGGUGGUGGAUUCCUUCCAUCCCGAAGUGGCCCCGGCGUUACAGGAGGCUUCUCGACGUGGAGACCUGCGCGGCGUCGAGAAGGCACUUAGCGCUCCUGCAGAUCCCAACAAGGCCGAUGAGCACGGCUGGACACCGCUGAUCAUGGCAGCCCACGCCGGCCACGGAGAGGUCCUGCGGCUGCUACAUCGUGGCAGCGCGAACCUUGAGACUACUACUCCUCAUCGCCGCACGCCUUUCUUUGUCGCCUGCCAAAGAGGGCAUGUGGAAGCUGCAAGAGUUCUUUGUGAGAUCGGAGCAGACAAGGAGAGAGCCAGGACGGGCGGCUACACUCCGCUUCUCAUCUCCUGCCGGGAGGGCCAUGCGCCAGUGGUCCGACUGCUGUGUGAGAUGCGAGCAGACAAGGAGCAUGCGGCCCUCCACGGAUGGACGCCGCUGCUGCUCGCAGCACGGCAUGGUCACAAUGAGGUGGCGAAGGCAGGAUCCUUCGGAGCAGCCUUUUCCAGCAAAGCCGAACCUGCAGCAGGUACGGGACCAUAG